UACUGCCUGGAAUGAGAGGGGAGGGGAUGACUCUCCGGUUACACGCAUACCACUCUUACUGCUGAAAAACACACAAAACAAACACUUUCGUGGAUUUUCGACCAUUAACCCAACAAUUUUCUGUAAACUCGACCAAACUGGAAUUAGUUUUGGGAUCGCAUCCGUGGAAAUUAAAGGAAAUAGUUGGAAUGCCACCUCCUGUCUGUGGUGUCGGGAGCUGGGAGCGACCAUGUUAGGAAGGUGAUAAGAGGACAAAAAAAGGAGUCAUUCGGGACAGAUGAUCUAAAUCAAAGCUACAUCGGCUUUUUCAAAAGUGAGACAUGAAAAUGUGCCUGCACUAACAAAUGGAAGUACGUGCUUGCCUUGCCGGCAUACUUCGCUUAGCAUAACAAGCAAUGAGAGGGGCAAUAUAAUGGCCAAGAAUAAGGAGACCCGUCCGACAUAUGCUGUCAGUGUCGUCGGGCUCUCAGGCACUGAAAAGGAAAAAGGUAACUGUGGUGUAGGUAAAUCCUGCCUAUGCAACAGAUAUGUGCGCCCCAGCGCGGACUGCUACUACUUAGAGCACACUUCUGUGUUGAGCACAAUUGACUUUGGAGGGCGUGUAGUGAAUAAUGAUCACUUCUUGUACUGGGGUGAAGUGUUGCAUCGAGGGGAUGAUGGUGUCGAGUGUAGGAUUCAGGUCAUCGAGCAGACAGAGUUCAUUGAUGAUCAGACCUUCUUGCCUCAUCGGAGCACAAACUUGCAGCCUUACACAAAACGGGCGGCGAAUACGAAGCUUCAGUCUGCUGAGAAGCUGAUGUACAUUUGCACAGACCAACUUGGGUUGGAACAGGAUUUUGAUCAGAAGCAGAUGCCCGAUGGCAAGCUUAACAUUGAUGGCUUUGUAUUGUGUAUAGACAUAAGCAAAGGAUGCAAUAGAAAAUUUGACGAUCAGAUGAAAUUUGUCCACAGUCUUUAUUCUCAAAUUUCCAAGGCUAAAAAGCCUAUUAUCAUUGCUGCAACAAAAUGUGACGAGUGUGUUGAGCAAUACCUAAGGGAGGUCCAGACGUUUGUUACAGGUAAGAAGAAUCUAAUGUUGGUGGAAACAUCUGCACGAGCAUCUGUGAAUGUGGAACUCUGUUUCAAUGCUCUGACACAGCAAAUAGACAAAACCAGAGGUAAACCCAAAAUCAUCUCUUAUUUGGAAGCGUACAAAUCCCAGAGACAAUUAGUAGCUUCAGUCUCAGACAAGUUUGAAAAGCUCAUCGUUCAAACUGUCCGAGAUUAUCACACAAGCUGGAAAAUUGUGAGCAAUAAGUUAAAAAGCCACCCAGAUUAUGAGGAGUACAUCAAUUUAGAAGGCACCAAAAAGGCCCGAAACACUUUUUCAAAGCACAUAGAGCAGCUGAGACAAGAGCAUAUCAAGAGGCGGCGUGAGGAUUAUCUUACCAGCCUGCCAAAAAUUUUUAAUAAGUUGCUUAACAACCUGGAGGAAAUUGAGACGAUGAGUUGGACUGAGGCUCAGAGCCUUAUGAGGAGCAGGCAUGAAUUUCAAUACUGUUUCAUUGAGUUAGAGCACACGCCGUGGUAUGAGACAGACCACCUUGAUAAAACCGACGACAGAAGAGUGCCCUUCGAUAUCCUCCAAACCAUGCAAGGAGAGAGGAUUUAUCAAAACCAUGUCCAGCAUUUGAUAUCUGAGAAGAGGCGGCUGGAGAUGAAGGAGAAAUUUAAGAAGACGCUGGAGCGAGUGCAUUUCAUUAGCCCUGGCCAACCGUGGGAAGAGGUCAUGUGCUUUGUCAUGGAGGAUGAGGCGUACAAGUACAUCACUGAAUCAGAUCGCAGAGAUGUUUACAGUCGGCAUCAGCAGGAAAUAGUUGAAAGGGCCAAAGAGGAGUUUCAGGAAAUGCUUUUUGAACACGCAGAGCUGUUCUAUGACCUCGAUCUAAAUGCAACCCCGAGCUAUGACAAAAUGAGCGAGAUUCAUGCCGUACUUAAUGAGGAGCCAAGAUACAGGGCUCUCCAAAAACUAGCCACAGACAGGGAGUCCCUUUUGCUGAAACACAUUGGGUUUGUCUAUCACCCCACAAAAGAAACAUGCCUCAGUGGCACGGCCUGCAUCGAUCUCAAAGUAGAGCAAGUCCUGGCCAACCGUCUAGUUCAGCUGGAUCACGGCCGCUCAAAUAUCUACUACAACAGUGCCAACAUUGAGAAGGUUAACUUAUGUCUUGUGGGUAGAGAAGGACUGGCACAGGAGCUUGCAAAUGAAAUCCGAGCUCAGUCCACUGAUGAUGAAUACACUCUUGAUGGGAAAAUAUAUGAAUUAGACCUUUUGCCUGUGGAUGUCAAUUCCGGCAUGCUUUUGAACCAUUCCUGGAUAUCGACUUUCAAGCCCCAUGGGUUCUUUUGUGUCUUCAGCUCUAUAGAGUCGCUUAAUUACAUUGGUGACCGCGUAAGCCGGAUCCGAGCAGAGAUUGCCCAGAGCAGAAGGGAUAGGUAUAGCCAGCCAGUGCCAUUCAUUCUCAUUCUAGCAAAUCAGCGUGACAGUGUUUGCAAAAACAUGCCUAUUUUGAGGCAUCAGGGCCAACAGCUUGCAAAUAAGCUACAGUGUACUUUUGUAGAUAUACCCACCGGCACUUUUCCCAGGAAGUUUAAUGAGUCUCAGAUAAAACAGGCCCUCAGAGCUGUGCUGGAGGGAUUGAAGCACAAUUUCGACAUGAUGAGCCCCAUGCCCUCCAUCAAGGAUCUGUCUGAGACGGAUUUGCGGAUUGUCAUGUGUGCCAUGUGUGGAGACCCGUUCAGCGUGGAUCUCAUUCUCUCACCAUUCCUGGACUCCCAUUCCUGUAGUGCCGGACAGCCCGGGCAGUGCAACACAUUGAUCCUUGACAAAAUCAUCGGCAACGGCCGCAGGCGCAUACAGGUCACGGUGCUCUCUUACCACUCCUCCAUUGGAAUCAGAAAGGAUGAAUUGGUGCAUGGGUACAUUCUAGUUUACUCAGCAAAAAGAAAGUCUUCCAUGGCUAUGCUGAGGGCGUUCCUGGCGGAAGUCCAGGAUGUCAUUCCAGUUCAGCUGGUGGCCAUUACGGACAGCCAAGCAGACUUUUUUGAGAAUGAGGCGAUAAAAGAACUGAUGACUGAAGGGGAGCACAUUGCCACUGAAAUUGCUGCUAAGUUUACAGCUCUCUACUCCUUGUCCCAGUAUCACAGGCAGACUGAAGUUUUCACACCGUUUUUUAAUGAGGUUCUUGAGAAGAAGAGCAACAUAGAAAGCUCCUUCAUGUUCGACAACAGCAGGGACGGAACUGGCACCACCGAAGAUGUCUUCCCGCAGUCACCCCAUAGCCAUUCGCCCGCUUACCAAUACUACCCUGACUCUGAGGAUGAUGGAGAGGGGCCACCACCCUACAGCCCGAUAGGAGAUGAUGUGCAGCUCCUGCCCAAUCCUAGUGAACGGAAAUACAGGAUUGACCUUGAAGGAAAUGAGUACCCAAUUCACAGCACACCUGUUGGAGAACACGAGCGUAACCACAAAGUGCCUCCCCCGGUAAAACCCAAGCCCAAUGUGCUGCCCAAACCCAAUGUUAAGAAGCUGGACCCCAACCUUCUGAGGACCAUCGAGGCUGGAAUGAGGACCUCCAGGUGGACACGAGGUCCAAUGAUGGGUCACAGUGAUGACCUUGAAGCAUCUGACAACUAUGCAGAGCCAGCAGACACUCUCCAACACAAAUCAAAAGGCUACAGCGAUGAUAUUUAUGCUGUACCAGAAGAUGCACACAGCAGAUCUGGCAAGACCCGCAACUCUUUCGGCGGACUAGUUGUGCAUGUGGAUGAGGAGAACGGCUUUGAUUCCAUGUCUAAGUCUCAGGGUGGCAGAAGGCCUUCUAAGUAUAAACAUCGUUCCAAGAUCCUCUUCAGCAAGACAAAAGCUUAUCAUAGACGAGUGCACUCUGAUGUCAGUGAUGAUGAGUCGGGGCCUGCCACACAGAAGAAGAAGAAAGGAAGGGGCAACCGAGGCAGUGAAGAAGACCCGCUUCUCUCACCAGUGGAUCCUUGGAAAGGAGGGAUAGAUAAUCCAGCCAUCACAUCGGACCCAGAGCAGGAUGAAAGGAAAACGAAGAAAAAGAAAGCACCAAAGACCAAGGAACCCAAAAAGCCCACAAGGUCAACAAAGACCACAAAGCCAUUGUACCCACCAACUCGAAGAAAUUGGGAGAGCAACUAUUUUGGGGUGCCUCUACAAAACUUGGUCACUCCUGAUAGACCCAUACCUUUAUUCGUUGAGAAGUGUGUUGACUACAUAGAGCGAACAGGUUUCACCACAGAGGGCCUUUAUCGAGUGUGUGGAAACAAGACGGAUCAAGACAAUAUUCAGAAACAAUUCGACCAGGACCACAGUAUUGACCUGAUAGUAAUGGAUGUGGCUGUGAACGCCGUGGCUGGGGCUCUGAAGGCCUUCUUUGCUGAUCUCCCGGACCCGCUCAUACCAUACUCUCUUCACCCAGAGCUCGUGGAAGCAGCCAAAAUUGUAGAUCAUUACGAGAGACUGCAGGUGCUGAAGGAAAUCGUCAGAAAAUUUCCUCCUGUGAAUUAUGAAGUUUUCAAAUAUGUCAUCACUCACCUCAACAGGGUUAGUCAGCAUAGCAAGACCACAUUGAUGACCGCCGACAAUCUCUCCAUCUGUUUCUGGCCGACGCUCAUGAGGCCUGAUUUCGAGAACAAGGACACGCUGUCCACCACCAAACUCAACCAGUCGGUCAUCGAGAGCUUCAUCCAGCAGUGCCAGUAUUUCUUCUAUGGCGGAGACAUGACCGAACCGUCCAGUGCUGAGGGCACACCUCCACCCCACGGCCACGGCCUGGAGUCUUUGCUGGCCCUACAGCUCCCGCCACCCCUCCAACCACAGCAGAUCCAGCACCCGCUGCCCCCGGAACCCCUCAUAUAGACCUCCUCAUCACAUUCGGCUGAUUGCAAAAUGCUUGUACAAGUAUGUGUGGGUGUGUAUGUGUGCGUAUGUGUGCGUGUGUGUGUGCGCAAGCCUCGAAAAAUAAGAAAUGAAACUUUUUUUUUUUGUACAAAGAAAAAUAUGAAACAUUUCCCCCACCCCCGUUUUUUUUGUGGCCCGGCCUGACUGAAUGAGAGUGAAUCAAAACUGUAAAAUCAAAUUGUAAAGAAGAUGUCAAUGUAAAUUUGACAUCGUAAAUGUGACAAACAUCGAAAACAUAAGAUUUAUUUAUAAUUUUUUUGUUUUGUUUCAAAAGACAAUGAAGUCAAUCAUUUACUAUGAAAAUACACACACAUGCACAGCUUGACAUGAUGGCAAAUUGUGCCCCCCCCUUUUUUUUGGCUUGUGUUUGUCCCUGUUUUAAUUUCCAAUGGACAAAAGAUCUAUUUUUUUGAAUAUUUUUAUCUUAAAGACAGCAGUCGUCGUUAGGGUGGUGGUGUCCCAAGGAGUUUGGGAUUGGACUAAUAUGAGUUUAUAAAAUCAGGGGCGCCUGCAUAGGAUGCACUUUGUCCUACAGAUGUUGAACCGGGAGCCCCUCGUACUCUGGAAACCACAGAAAGGGAAACAGGCCCACUGCAACCGUUUGGCACAUCUCAGAGAUCCAGGCUUCAGAAGAUGCCCGGUUUUCUCCAUCUCGUUUCAUGUUCGUUUGUUUCGUUCCGUAUACCACCUUUGAAAGUUUUAUUGUUGUCAAUUAAUUUUUUGGACUGAAUUUGCAUGUUCUUUGCCACUUGUAAUAACCGAAAGAGUAAACGCGGAGGAAAAGCAUAAAUGCUUAAAUGUUUUUAUUUUUAUUUUAUUUUUUUUAUGAACGACUUUUUGAUUACCUUUUUUUUUAUCUAACUUGUUUGAGGGAACAUUAAACUGGGGUAAAAUUGUUAUAUUUGUUCGUUUGUCAUGCCAUAGUUCGACUUUUAAUAUCAUAUUUUGGCUUUAAUUGUUUCCCUAAAAUAGGAAAAUAUAAAUAUCUCUAUAUAUACAAUAUAUAUAUAAAUAAAUAUAUAUAAAUGUCAGCAUCAUUGGAUGGCUGAUGAAACAAAUCACGGGGUACUGGAGCUCUGUAUAAUCUUGUAAAACCUAUAAUCAGAUUUCUUUGUGGUAUGAUGUAUUAAAAUUUGGGGUUAGAUCCAUUGACUGUACUUAAUUCCCUAUAUGAAUACAACUUCUUUUGUUUUCUGUUUGUUUGUUUUUUUAGUUUUUUUAAUUAGAUGGUACUGAAUUUUGUUCCACAGUAACAGAUGCUGUUUAGAAAGCUUGCAGUCUUCGUGUGGAAUACAGCACAACUCCGAGAGGUUUUAGUUGUGAUGCAGGAGUUUGUGUGUGAAUGGAUGGGAACAAAAAAAAAAAAAGACAAGAUUUAUCUCAAUUGACUCACUAAAACGGAGGAAAGGGCUCAAUAGGGUAAGUGUGCAGCUGCUAGGAUCCCAUUUAGAGUAGUUAAAAAAAAGAGCAACAUUAUGUUCAUAUGACUGCCUCAUAUGAUGUACAAACUAAAUAUUUUAACAUCAUCUGCUAUGUAUUAUAGUAAAUAAAUGAUUUUGACAAAUGA